UGUCCCUCAUUGAAUCGGUGGCGUUGACUGACCGGCAUCCAGUUGUGCGGGUGCCCCCUUCAGGACCCUGAGUGCUCUCCGGACUCCCGCCACCCUGCUGCCAUGUCGGACUAUGAGAACGAGGACGAGUGCUGGAGCACCCUGGAGGGCUUCAGGGUGAAGCUCAUCUCCGUCAUCGACCCCUCGCGCAUUACGCCCUACCUGCGGCAGUGCAAGGUCCUAAACCCCGAUGACGAGGAGCAGGUGCUCAGCGACCCCAACCUGGUCAUCCGCAAGCGGAAAGUGGGCGUGCUCCUGGACAUCCUGCAGCGGACAGGCCACAAGGGCUAUGUGGCCUUCCUCGAGAGCCUGGAGCUGUACUACCCACAGCUCUACAAGAAGGUCACGGGCAAGGAGCCUGCCCGAGUCUUCUCUAUGAUCAUUGAUGCGUCCGGGGAGUCGGGCCUGACGCAGCUGCUGAUGAGUGAGGUCAUGAAGCUGCAGAAGAAGGUGCAGGACCUCACGGCCCUGCUGAGCUCCAAGGAUGACUUCAUCAAGGAGCUUCGGGUCAAGGACAGCCUGCUGCGCAAGCACCAGGAGCGCGUGCAGAGGCUCAAGGAGGAGUGCGAGGCCUGCAGCCGGGAGCUCAAGCGCUGCAAGGACGAGAACUACGACCUGGCCAUGCGCCUGGCCCGCCAGAGCGAGGAGAAGGGCGCCGCGCUCAUGCGGAACCGCGACCUGCAGCUGGAGGUGGACCGGCUCAAGCACAGCCUGAUGAAGGCCGAGGAUGACUGCAAGGUGGAACGAAAGCACACGCUGAAGCUUCGGCACGCCAUGGAGCAGCGGCCCAGCCAGGAGCUGCUGUGGGAGCUGCAGCAGGAGAAGGCGCUGCUGCAGGCCCGCGUGCAGGAGCUGGAGGCCUCCAUCCAGGAGGGGAAGCCGAACAAGAACAGCCCCUACAUCCAGGUGCUGGAGGAGGACUGGCGGCAGGCGCUGCGGGACCACCAGGAGCAGGCCAACGUCAUCUUCGCCCUGCGCAAAGACCUGCGCCAGGGCGAGGCCCUGCGCGCCCGGUGCAUGGAGGAGAAGGAGGUGUUCGAGCUGCAGUGCAUGGCCCUGCGGAAGGAUUCCAAGAUGUACAAGGACCGCAUCGAGGCCAUCCUGCAGCAGAUGGAGGAGGUCGCUAUCGAGCGGGACCAGGCCAUCGCGUCCCGGGAGGAGCUGCACACGCAGUACGCCCGAAGCCUGAAGGACAAGGACACGCUGCGCAAGCAGGUGCGGGAGCUGGGUGAGAAGGCCGACGAGCUGCAGCUACAGCUGUUCCAGCGCGAGGGCCAGCUGCUGGCCGUGGAGGGCAGGCUCAAGCAACAGCAGCUGGAGAUGCUCAUCCUGAGCUCCGACCUGGAGGACAGCUCACCCAGGAACUCCCAGGAGCUUUCGAUCCCCCGGGAACUGGAGGAGGCCCAGCUCUCUGACAAAGGUGGUCCAGCUGACAGGGAGAGCCCAGAGCAGCCCUUUGAGGCUCUGCAGAAGGAGCGGCUUUCACUAACCCCCAAUAACUCAGGCCUGAGCGGCGGGGAGCCUCCCGAGAAGGAGCGGCGGCGCCUCAAAGAGAGCUUUGAGAACUACCGCAGGAAGCGGGCGCUCCGCAAGCUGCAGCACGGCCCGAGACAAGGGGAGGUGGACUGGGAGAACACCACGGGCAGCGACAACACGGACACCGAGGGCUCCUAG